GUACACGCCUCCCAAGCUUUGGCCUGCAGAACUUGCACAAUCCUACUUUGGAAAUCGUACCUCGUUUGGCAUUCUGCGCGACCCUUUGGAGCGCUUGGUCUCCCAGUUCCGGGGCAGCUUCAGGUUCCAGCACGCAGAACUGGGAUGCGACGUCAAUCGUGGCGUCAAGAUGAUGAUGCAGAACUACUUGGCGGCUUUGGCUGCAGGGAAUCCUUUUGUCGAGAACUGCAACUACCUGCCACAGGCUGAAUUCUUCGACGCUCCAUUUGGUGCCCAGCAGGCCAUUGACAAUCGACUGUUCCCACUCUCGAUGAACAAGUUCUUCGCUGCGCAUGAUUCGCCGGAUCUGCAUAUUGCGACAGACGAGAUUAGCCACGUGGCUGGUUGUGACGAAGUGUGGGCGGCAGAGCUGGACGAGGAGGCCAAGAGCUUGGUCCGUCAGGUGUAUCAGCGCGAUUACGACCUGAUCUGCCGUGAGUUCGGACACUGCAACUUCGGCGAGGCAACUUGCCUAAGAGGCGUCCCUGGAAUGUGCCCCGAACAUCUCUUCCAGUGGCACGAGGAGGCUAAGAUGUACAUGCCGAGGGGCUCAUGA